AUUUUAUAAUUUUCGAUUUUGAUUUAUUAAAACGAGCGAACUUACGACUAAAGAUGUCGCUGUUCCGAAAUGACGACUUAUAUCGGUGUAGCGAGUGUGAUUUCUUUUUCUGUAAACAAACAGAAAUGCAGUCUUUGAAUGAUCAUCUAAAUGCUGCCGUAAGUAAUCCAUGAAUUCAGAAGAAAUUGUUUGUAUGUCGUUGGACAACGCGUCCAACUUUAACACUAAAAUUAGUUUGGAAAAGAACGAGAGCGAAAAUGUGGAGAGACCAGCUGAUGGAAGAUACCAAGAUCAAGAAUACAACGAUGAUAUCUCGGUUGAUAUCAUGGCAGGCUCUUACGGCGAGAUAUCAUUGGAUAGAGAUGCUGGAGAUAGUGAAGAAGUUAAGAAGAGAUCCAAAAGUGAAAGGAAAAGCGACGACGAAGGUAAUCCCACAGUUGAAACAAGAGAUAAAAGGCCCACAAGUCUAGUUCUAGAAAAGGGAAUAGAAAAGACAUUUUCUGUAGGUGAAGGCGAAGAACCAUGGAAGAGGUUACAGAAUAAAUGUCAGCAGACUUCGGACAGUCAGACUACGAGUCUGGAAGGUUCUCCUUCGCUCAGUUCAGAAUUCUCUUGCACAGGAGGUGGAAGCGAUACCAGCGGGCUUUCGGAACUUCAGGGAAUGGUUACUGUAGAUGGAGAUAUGGUCUCUUUUGUGGCCGAAGAUCUCCAAGAGAAGAUUAAGAUGAGCAGUCCCGUCUCCAGGUCUUGGGCUGGUGGGUGAUUGUUUUCUUUCUUU